CGGCCGAGGAGGCGGCAGGGGGUGUGGGGCGGCGGCGGCGGCCUCGCUCCGGCCGGGUCCCCGCGAGUCUUGGCGGCGGCGCCAUGGACGAGGCGGUCGGCGACCUGAAGCAGGCGCUGCCCUGCGUCGCCGAGUCGCCCGCGGUCCACGUGGAGGUGCUGCAGCGCAGCGGCAGCACUGCGAAAAAAGAAGAUAUAAAGCUGAGCGUUCGGAAGCUGCUCAACAGGCAUAAUAUUGUGUUUGGAGAUUAUACCUGGACCGAGUUUGAUGAGCCUUUUCUGACCAGAAAUGUGCAGUCUGUGUCUAUUGUUGACACGGAAUUAAAAGCUAAAGUUCCUCAGCCUAUUGACUUGAGUGUGUGUACCGUCGUACUUCACAUCUUCCAGUUGAAUGAGGAUGGCCCCAGCAGUGAAAAUCUGGAGGAAGAGACAGAAAAUAUAAUUGCAGCAAAUCACUGGGUUCUGCCUGCAGCUGAAUUCCACGGACUCUGGGACAGCUUAGUGUAUGACGUGGAAGUCAAAUCACACCUCCUUGAUUAUGUGAUGACGACAUUACUGUUCUCGGACAAGAGUGUUGACAGCAACCUCAUCACCUGGAACCGGGUGGUGCUUUUGCAUGGCCCUCCAGGAACUGGAAAGACAUCCCUGUGUAAGGCAUUAGCCCAGAAAUUGACCAUCCGCCUGUCCAGCAGGUACCGGUAUGGGCAAUUAGUUGAAAUAAAUAGCCACAGCCUGUUUUCUAAGUGGUUUUCAGAAAGUGGCAAGCUGGUGACUAGGAUGUUCCAGAAGAUCCAGGACUUGAUUGAUGAUAAAGAAGCUCUGGUGUUUGUGCUGAUCGAUGAGGUGGAGAGUCUCACGGCUGCUCGAAGUGCUUGCAGGGCAGGUGCAGAACCAUCUGAUGCCAUCCGUGUGGUCAAUGCUGUCUUGACCCAAAUUGAUCAAAUUAAGAGGCAUUCCAAUGUGGUGAUCCUGACCACUUCCAACAUCACUGAAAAGAUCGAUGUGGCCUUCGUGGACAGAGCUGAUAUCAAGCAAUAUAUAGGGCCACCCUCUGCAGCAGCCAUCUUCAAAAUCUACCUCUCAUGUUUGGAAGAACUUAUGAAGUGCCAGAUCAUAUACCCCCGCCAGCAGCUGCUGACCCUCCGGGAGCUGGAGAUGAUUGGCUUCAUUGAGAACAACGUAUCAAAGCUGAGCCUCCUCUUGAGUGAAAUUUCAAGGAAGAGCGAGGGUCUCAGUGGCCGGGUCCUGAGGAAGCUGCCUUUCCUGGCCCAUGCACUAUACAUCCAAGCUCCCACCGUCACCAUUGAGGGCUUCCUCCAGGCCCUGUCUUUGGCAGUGGACAAGCAGUUUGAAGAGAAAAAGAAGCUUUCAGCUCAUGUUUGA